ACAGCGUAGAGUCGAGAGAAGCGAAGAGGAGCGCAGAAAGCAUCAAUGUUUUUCGAAAUGAUUAGUUAGUUAGUCAGUUAUGACGGUUAUGACCAAUAAAAACUCUCGGUGUGCUGACUCACAUAUAUACACACACACAUAUAAAUACACAUACAUAUAGACUAAAUAUUCGUCAAAGUCUGACAAAUGGUAACAUAGUUAUUUAGUAACUUGUUGUGUUGGUGAAUUUCUACAUUGAGACUUCCUGUUCAUGGCGAUGCUUCAGCGUCGUUCAUCGUAUUAACGAAAUCCACUCACCAGUAAAACAAAUCCAUUUUAGUUUAAUUUGUUUAGUUUUAUGUUAAGUUUGUUUGUUUUACUUUUGUCAAGUUUUUAACUUUUAAAUUCAAAUAACUGACUAUUAUUAUUGUUAUUAUUUAAAUAAUUUUUGGGGCGCACAGGCCGCCGAGGCAAGGGUGCAAAGACCCCGUGUUGGAAAAUGAUCAACAUGGAGACGGAUAAAAUCCUCGAUGAAACAAAUACAAAUAAUCAGUAUCCGAUGACGAUAUUGUACGAUCCAAGUCGAAAGAAAGAGCCUUCGUCACAGACGAUGAGUCUGACGAGUCAGUAUACACAAGAGAGGGAAAUGUGUAUGAAAUAUUUUGAACGAUGGAGUGAACCAGAGCAAGUUCAUUUCGUUGAACAAUUAUUGGCACGAAUGUGUCAUUAUCAGCAUGGUCAUAUUAACACUUUUCUAAAACCAAUGCUGCAGAGAGAUUUCAUUUCACUUUUACCCAAAAAAGGUCUAGAUCAUGUGGCUGAAAGUAUUUUGUCAUAUUUGGAUGCUGAUUCAUUGUAUGCCGCAGAACUUGUGUGUAAAGAAUGGUACCGAGUAAUAAGUGAAGGAAUGCUUUGGAAAAAAUUAAUCGAGCGCAAAGUACGAACUGAUUCUGUUUGGCGCGGAUUGGCUGAGAGACGAGGCUGGAUCCAACACUUAUUUAAACCACGACCGGGCGAAAGUUAUCGAGACCAUGCAUUUUAUCGUAACUUGUUUCCUAACAUAGUUAAGGACAUCGAGAGUAUUGACAACAAUUGGAGAAUGGGAAGACACAAACUACAAAAAAUAAAUUGUCGGAGUGAAAAUUCUAAAGGAGUCUACUGUUUACAAUACGACGACCAGAAAAUCGUAUCGGGUCUUCGCGAUAACACGAUCAAAAUAUGGGACAGAAAUAACUUGCAGUGUAUUAAGGUGUUAACUGGACACACGGGCUCGGUUUUAUGUUUACAGUACGACGACAAAGCUAUUAUAUCUGGUUCUUCCGACAGCACUGUCAGAGUCUGGGACGCGAAUACUGGGGAAAUGGUUAAUACUCUGAUUCAUCACUGUGAGGCCGUAUUGCAUUUAAGAUUUAAUAAUGGAAUGAUGGUUACCUGCUCAAAGGACCGAUCAAUAGCCGUUUGGGACAUGACAUCACAAACAGAAAUAGCAUUACGCAGGGUUCUCGUUGGUCAUCGUGCUGCCGUAAAUGUUGUUGAUUUCGAUGAAAAAUAUAUAGUGUCUGCGAGUGGUGAUAGGACAAUUAAAGUAUGGAAUACGUCGAGUUGUGAAUUUGUGCGAACGUUGAAUGGUCAUAAACGUGGAAUUGCGUGUUUGCAAUAUAGAGAUCGUUUAGUGGUUAGUGGUAGCAGCGAUAACACUAUCAGAUUGUGGGACGUUGAGUGCGGAGCAUGUUUGCGUGUACUUGAAGGACAUGAGGAGUUAGUACGGUGUAUUAGAUUCGAUAGAAAGCACAUUGUCAGCGGAGCUUAUGACGGAAAAAUUAAAGUAUGGGAUCUCGUUGCUGCUCUUGACCCGCGUGCUGUUGCUAGUACGCUUUGUUUACGUACAUUAGUGGAGCAUACCGGACGAGUAUUCCGUUUACAGUUUGAUGAAUUUCAAAUAGUGUCAUCGUCACAUGAUGACACGAUACUGAUUUGGGACUUCCUUAACUGUAAUGGCUCAGAUGCUGCUGGUAAUACUAGUGCAAGUGCAGGUGCUUCAGCAAUAGUUACUCCAACUGCUACAAAUAAUCAGUCUGAUACUAGAUCUCCUUCUCCGUUCGAGUGACGUACAAAAACCGAUCUAAUCCAUUAUUGUGAUACAAUUAUAUGUGGUUAAAAAGUGAAUUCAAUGUGUUCGCGUUCGGAUUUGUGAAAGUUAAUAUAUAAAUAAAAUGGAAAAUAAAUGAAAAUAAAAAGGUGCCCAAGAAAGAAACUUAUCUUCAUGAUAACAAUAAUUCACAAUUAAAACCAUAAAUAACAGAGCUUUUUAAAACACGUGAGAAUUUAUUACAAGGACUAUUUAUCGGAUUAAUUAAAUAGGUUUUUUCAAUAAAAUUAUAAAUAAAUAAAAUGAAGAAUGACUAAAACUAUUAAAGUUAGCAGCGCGUGUUUAACGCACAAUAUUUAGUAAUAAUUAUUUAAAUAAAACUAAAAAUAAAGUAACAAUAAUGAGCUAGUACAUCCUAUGGAUGUAAAUAUUGUUGUCUCAGCGUAAUUGUCAUCUUGUACGGAAUUAUUUAUAGAAAUAGGCCAUUUUCUACUCAUGACAACAAUGUUAUCAUCACCGUAAUUUAAAUUAACAGCAGCAAAAAGACUUGAUAUUUAAUAAACGAUAAAAUAAAUGGGCAAUUUAAUAACGAGAAAUAAAUAAAAAGGUUUUUAAAACAAAGGUUGGAUAAAUAUUAAUAAUAAUAAUAAUAAUAAUAAUAAUAAUAAUAAUAAUAAUAAUAAUAAUAAUAAUAAUAAUAAAUUACACUUAAUUAUUAAUGUAUUAUAGUAAAUUGCAGAUUUUUUAUGUAAUUAAUUUAUAGCGUGAAAAAAAAAUGUUAAAUGUCGUCGGGUGUUCGGAGUACUUAUUCUAUGUAAAUGAAAUUUCAAUUAUGAAUGGAUGUAUGAUUGUUCAGAUGUCAAAUUUGUUCUUUUCUUUUUUUCAUGUUUAUUUACUGGCAUUUAAAUGCUGUAUUAAAAUUAUUCGCAUGUAACAUCCAAGUUCCGCUGAUAUCUUACAUACUUUUUUUAAUUAUUAAUUUAAUAAUUUAGUAUCCCUAUAAAUAUAAAAAAAAUAAUAAU